UACAUACUGUAUGUUUCUUCUGCCAAGGAAACCAGCUCAGCCUCUCUUGUGCAAACACUCCCCAAACACACACUCUUACACAAGCACACACGCACACACACAUGCACAAACACACGCACAAACAACCCAAACAGGAAGACUAUACCUGUAUUGUGUGAGUUGGCAGGGAACUAUCAGAAGAAGGAGAGAAGAAAAGGAUUUGAACAAUACCAAGAAGACAAUUGGACCCACAGUGAAGUCCCUGUCUGGCAGAGACUUACCUGGAUUACAAAAGUGAAAAAUCAACCCGCUCUGGACCAGAUCAUCGAGGAACAAAAGAGAACGUUUAUGGUGGUGCACCUGCCACCUGCGUGAUCAAGCUCUUGACCUGGGAUAAUGCUUUUUUUGUGACUCCUACAAGCCUUCAGCUGUCAACAAUGUUCACCCAAAGGAAAGACAGUCUCCCGACCCCCAGCCUGGAGGACUCCUUCUUCCCUCUCUCCUCAUCCUCCUCAGUCUCACUCUCCUUUAAUCUCCCCUCAUCUACAUCCUCUCCCGGCAGCAGUGACAGCGGAGGGGCGAUCGAGACGGAUCUGAUACUUGCUGCAGAGCUGGGGCAGGCUUUACUGGAGAAGAACGAGGAGCUGGCAGCCUCUCUGGAGCAGAGAGAGAGGGAGCUGGAGGCUUUGCAGCAGGAGAAGCAUGUUCUGGACAGACGGCUGGAGAUGAAUGAACUGGUGUCUGGGCAGAGAGAGGCAGACCUGGCUGCAGAUUUAGCAGCUUUGAGGACUGAGCUGGAGAGACAUCACAGCCAAGGGCGGGACCGGCGGAAAGACGACGGCGCACAGCUGACUCAAUUAGCCAAUCAUAACCAACGCUUGGUGGAGCAGCUAGCAGAGGCUGUGUCACUGGAACACUCCUUGAGAACAGAGCUUCGCUCCCUCAGAGAAGAACAGGAUGAGUCCUCGUUCAGCCAAAGCAUCAACUUUACGCAACUGGAGAACAUUCAGGCGGAGAACAGAGUGUUGCUGGGGCGCCUGUCGUACAUGGAGGCCCAACUAAAAACCUCACAGGCGGACAGCGACAGGCUCCGCAUCGAGAGAGAGGGGCUGAGAGACCGGCUGUCAGAGCUCCAAACGAAACUGAGGGAGAAAGAAGCCGAGAUAGAGCAGGAACAGGGAUUGACGUUUGAGUUGCGAACGGUGAAUCGCUCUCUGCAGCAAAAAGCUCUGAACCUGGGAGAAGAGAGCAUUCUGGACAGUACACAAACGCAACCUUUGUCUCUGCAUAGUGAAAUUCAGCAAUCGCAGGUGAAAGAGGCUCUUCUAGCUCACUCCACCGUUCUGCAAGCAAGAAAUGAAGAGAUACAAGCGCUCAAAAAAGAGCUGCAAUCUCAAGGAGAAGAACUUGCGUCUUUGAAGCAAGAAAUCGAGCCAUUUCGCAGCAGCCCUGAAAAGCCGAGCUACAGUUCCUUAGAGAGUGAAGUGGCCACCGUGCGUCAGGAGAAAGAAACGCUCACUCAGCAGCUUCUCAACAUCAUCAAACAAAAAGUGGUGCUGUCGCAGGAGCUGGAAGUCUGGCAGGAGGACAUGCGGCUAGUGAUCAACGAACAGGUGCAGCAAAGGGAGGAGGAGAGACAGAGGGAGAAUCUAAGAGAAAGACAGACAAACAAAGCAGCGGGGCUUCAGAGAAGCAAGUCUUUGAGAUUGAAGGGAGAAGGAGGGAAAGGAUUCUUCUCCUUUUUCAAAGAAAAAUGACAGAAAAAAGGAGCAGCAGUUUUCUGCAUGUAUCCCUCCCACUGCCAGAUCCUGCAGCGAGAUAAUGUACACUUUAACGUGUAAUCAGCGUUACCAAGUCAAAUGUUUACAGACAUCUUAUUUGAAUACAUGUGUAUAUCUGUAUGUAUAUAGUAUAUGUUUCAGAAUUUUAUAUUAAAAUUGUGUAAAACCUGUUAAUCUCAA